AGAGCCUAGACCCCUACAUUUACUGAACGCGGAAGAAAUGGCCUAGGCAUAGCCCGACUCAGCCGACUGUUCAUUGCCCGAGUAAACAAAAAUAUGCAAUUAAAAUUUCCGAAAAGACGAGAUUUUUGGACAUGGGAGGAACUGAGCUGCUUGUCAAGUACCCUUGGUUUUCAAAGGGAUUUAUUUGCCAAGAAUGUUGCAAAAGAGAAGUCAAAAGAAUGCACAAGUGGGAUGCAUCCCAAGGAUAUCAAUGAGAUGUUUGAAUUGAAGGUACUAAGUCCUGACUUGCACAGGACCUUCAACAUGCAUGAUGACACAUACAACACCAAAGUGGUGCAAAAGUCAAUAGAUUUGCUGAGCAACAGAUUCUUGACAUUUCAGCAAAUAAAAGAGUCUCGAAUGGCGUUCCAGUUUUAUGAACACAUGGAUAAUGCAGGUCUCGUUGUUAGCGAGCAUGUCAUACUAAGGACCUUGAAAAUGUGCGGAAGAGCAGUUUCUCCAGCCAAAUUAAUGCAGCAUUUGAAGCAUAUGGACCGCCUUGUUCCAGAUCGUCUCAUGUUCUACGAGUUCUUGGAUUUACUUCUGAUAUGUGAAAAAAUUUCAGCUGAUAGAAUGAAACGUUUAAGAAGUUUAGAAGAAGGGAAGAUUGGCAAAAAUGACCAGAGCUUGUAUGAGCUCAAAGACUUUCGAGAACUGCUUCUUACAGAGGACGAGAAAUCUGCGGAGAGACUGAACCAGGCUUAUAAGUUUAGUCUGGAAAAGAUACCUAUGAGAAAAUCGAAAGAAAGUAGUGAUAUUAAUGAUGAAAAGCCAUGGCUUGUUCCUCCAAUAGUUCCCCAUGAAGUCAGAGAAAAAAUGGGUAAAAUCAACAAGAAACACAGAGAGCUCCUGACUAAAACACUGGCUCUUUCGAAUAAUGAGGUGCUGGCUAAAGGGACAUUUCCUUCAUGUAACUGUGAUAAACCGGAUUUGAUUCCAAACAAGGAAGUGAGGCCAGGAAGUGUUUUUGACAAUGAUCCAGAUCAAAUUUUUGCUGGUAGACCAACUACUAGUUCCGUCUGUGAAGUGCCCGCAGUGGACAGUUUUACAGAUCAUUUUAAGCUACGGGGAACUCCUGUUGUUACAGAAGAGGAUAUCAGCUCAACACGUAAAGCCAUCGAAGAGGUACGAUGGAAUAUCGCUACGCAGGGCGAAAGAAUGCGGCGGAAGCGAGAACAGACGCAGAAACGACCAAGGCUUUACACUGAGAGAAGAAAUACGGCAAGAGAUAACACCAAGAAAACCACCGAGGACCAUGCUUCAAAGGACUUUCAUUCGAAGGGUCACCCGACUAACAAUGUACUACGACCUGUCAGGGCAAGGAUUAAGAAAUUAUCUUUGACGAUGAAAAGUGAUGAGGGUCAUCAGGAAUCAAAAGUCAACCCUGGCAGGAACCAAAAGCCAUCAAGCGCCGAGAGUACUUCUAAUGGAGAAAACAACAACAUUUCCUUAGAUGAAAGACUGAAACAAAUUGAUCAGCUUGUAAACAGAGUUUGCCAGAGAUAGAACAAAUAAUUCAUUGAUAAUCGAUGGGUUUUAAAGGUUAUUCUAGCCGUGAAAAGAAAUGGCAGCAAAAAAAUCAGAUGGGCAGCAAUAAAUGAGAGCUGCGGAGGCGAAGGAAAGCCUUUUCCUAUCUUCCCUCUCAUUCGCCUGCGCAGCUUCCCUUUUUUGCUAUCUUUCCCCUUUUUGCUGCUGGUAAUUUUUGCGGCUCUGGUACCCAGGGUGCUAAACCGAUGUAGUGGUUAUUCCCGACAUUAAAAAUUGCGAUCAUCAUCAAUCACCUCAUCAAAUCAUUAUAAUCAUCAUUAAUCAUCAUCAUCAUAAUCGGAAACAUCAAAAUCAUCACCAACCGUUAUUUUUGAAAUUAUCAUCAUUUUGAAAUUAGCAUUUUGAUCAUAAUAAUCAUUACAAUCAUCAACCGUAAUCAUUUUUAUCAUUAAGCAUCAUGCCCAUCGGUAUCAUCAUCAUGAUCAUCUCAUCAAAUCAUUAUAAUCAUCAUCAUCAUAAUCAUAAUCGGAAACAUCAAAAGCAUCAUCAUAGUCAUCAUCUGAAUCAGCAAAAGCGUCACAUCAAAACCAUCAACAUCAAAUGUUACAUUAAACAGCUUGAACAUCUUAACCAAUCCUAUUAACAUACUUGUGUAUAAUGACGGUGGAAAAGCAUUUAGUGAUCAUAAUCAUAAUCAUUUCCAUUAACAUCAACCUUUUGUCACUGUAUUGAUUGUUUUCGAGUCUUUGCGUGUUUUCCUUUUGUAGCUAAAAAAGUAAAUCUUAUUCUGUCUCGCUAUGGCGCUUUUGCUUCAAAAGUUUCUCACGGUACAUCAUAGCACAUACAUUUAUUGCUUCAAUUUUCUUGUCAUUAAAUCUUUGUUUUACCACUCAGUUUUAAUCACGGGUUAUAAAAGAAUGGAUUACAAAAAGACUUCGAUUUCCGAAUGGCUUGUCUUUGUAUUUUUUCAUGUUGGUUUUCAUUAAAAAAUUAUCUUUACAAAUUUGUUGCGUAUCCCUAGAAUUUAUUGAAUCCUCAAUAAAUCAACAGAAUAGAAUUGACAGCAAGUCGGGAAGAAGGUCGUACUUGAGUAAAAUUUUUGGAAGCACCAAGACAAUGGCCCCCCUUUCUAUUGACUCGUGGCAAGCAACGUACCAGUGUACAGCGUAUUUUACAAUUUUGUCUCAAAUAACAAACAAAUGAAUUUCAAAAGCCUGCGUUUCUCUGGUUGGGGGAGCAGAAGGCCUAGAAAGAGCAAGUUAUCGAUAGGAUAAUGAACGGGGGUAACUGCUCCUUGCUACCUUUCACGACUCGUCUUGUCAGACACUCUUGUUAUGGGAACUUAAGAAAAAAUGCCAUAUUCAUUUGUGCUAAGUAGCUUGAACGAUUUUUGAGGGAUCUUUAGCAAGGGGGAGGUAAGUUCCCUUCCCCUAGAUAAAAAUUCCAUUGGGACUUGCAGAAUUAUUGUCUCUCCCUCCAGUUACUUUCAUCAGCCUUGCACUGUGGGAGUACGUUUCAUUCUCUAAUAUUGUUACAUGAUAAAAAACACAGUAGCAAAGAUUUUAUCAUUCUUCCUCAAUCCUAAACAAAAUUCAAAAUCUGUGUCGCUCAAAACAGGUGGAAAGGUGCAACAGGGUGGACCCCGUUUUGCGGGCAGCUUCUAAUUCUUUUGUAACUGUCUUUUAAUUUGAUGUUCUGUAGACAUCUUGUAAAAGGGCUAACUGCUGUCACUAGAAAUGUUUUAACAAGUUUUGAGAAAUUUCAACAUGAAUAAGGCACUGCUUUCUUAUUUUGAUAAUUACAAAUGACCGAUGUCAAGGGCACUUUUUUUAAAAGCAGCUUUGGGCUCCUUAGCUUUCUAUCAACGGGCAAGAGGGGUAGCCACCAACCCCCACCCCCGUUGCGCCCCCUUCCAGCGUCCCUGGCUUAAAAAUAAAAUGAUUUUAGAUUUUUUGUUCAGUCAAAAUGACACACGUUUAAAAAUAUUCAGACACGGCAAAUAUUAAAAUCUUCUAAUAAAAGUGUAUUUGUCGCGAGGAUUGUCUAGCUAAAACGCAUUUGCGUAUUUGCUUUAGUGUCUUUCCAAUCAAAUAAAUUGUCCUUCGUAAAUGGGAGAAACACAAGCGAUUGCUAGGCCGUGGUAAUUACCCUUUGAGUAAGAGGGUUGCAUGGCAACGUGUGGGUACAUCCCCUUCAUGUUGCGAUUCUCAGAAGAACAAGCGGGAGCAGGCCGCCUGUUUCCGUCUUACGGAACAUUCGGGUUUAGAAAUUUCGUCACUGCAAUGAACUCGACUCAAUAAAAAUUGAGUCGAAUGUCUUCCUCUAAACUAGAAACAGUGUUGUAUGAAUUUCAGAUACCAUAAUGUCACAAACAAAGAGAUAGGAUCAAAGCACAGGAUUGCUUUAGUGGGAAGCUUGUUGAUGGCAGAAAGGGGGAUUUCCCUAGUCGAUUAUGUCUGCCCACAAACAGGCCGAACAAACUUCUCGGAGAUUCAAAACAUAUUGAAGCUCCCGUUAAAUAGAAAUUUCAGAUUAUUUCUACAUAAUUAUAACACGAAGACUUUGUUAUGUUUUAACAAGAGUGUAAAAUGAAGUUCCAUUUUGGCGAUGUUAUUCUCAUUCUUGGAGUCUGAUGAUAUCAUUGAUUUACGGUUAUUAACGUUGCACAAGAUUGCAUCAGUUGUUUAGAAAUGCUAAUCUAAUCAUUGCAGUUAUCUAAAUUUGAGAUACCAAGUCAUAGGCAAGGGGACUUUUUUCUGGCGCAAGUCUUAACAAGCCUCAAGAUUUGCGUUGCGCGGAGGGAAAAAACUUCUGCUCAGGGCUGAUGUAUCAUUCCUCGCCACUCAUCUGCAUUCUGAUUGGUUGGCUGUGCAGUAAAUUCCAGGAUAGAACAAUGGCUCUUGAAAAGGAUAAGCAGACAUUAUGAGUAUAAGUAUCAGUACGUAUAUCGAUUUUAAACAGGUGGUAGCAAAAUAAAAACAUCAAUAUUGCAAGAAAGGAGCAAUUUCGAAGCCGUUUAACAGCACAGGCACAGAGCACACACUACAUUGGCCUUCAAGAAUCAUAACAUAGGAUAACACAUCGUGUGAAAUACACUCAAGGAUUCAACGAUCGUGUUCUCGUCUACCUUUUAAAGGCAAAAUGUUCAAAAAUUUAUUCGGGAAGAAGGGCGGUAAGCCAGAAGCAAAGCCACCAAGAUCUCAAGCUAGCAAAAAUCAAGAUGAAAAUAUGUACACAACGAUCCUCGCUAGCAAAAAGCAAGAAGACCUUGCUGAAGAAAUAUGCCGUCUUCUUGAACGUCAACGGGAUGUCACUGUCGAAGAAAGGGGGAGGGUCAUUUCAAAUUCUAAGGACAAACAGGGAUGCUCAAGCAAGCUCUUGGAUUAUAUUAAACUUCAAAGGGUUACAGGUAUUGUUAUUCUGUCUUCAGAAGAACUCUGUAAACUUAUUAAAGGUCAAGAAAACGUACCAUUGCAGAUAACUGGAGAGAUGUGGACUUUGACUCGAGGAUUCUCUCAGAGGCUUUUCAAAAAGACACUGAUGUGAAAAAGAAAAUUCUGAUUGUUGUACCAAACGGCUCAGUUGACCAUCUUUCAUCUUUGCUCCGUGGAGUCGAUGUUGUGAGUCUCGAUACAAACGAAGAUUCCUGGAGUAAAGUGAUAGUGGCAAAGUUUAGAAAGAAGAACGAGCUUCGAUCUUGAAUGUCCUUUUUGUAAAGCGGAUUCUGGGGGUCCAAAUUCUGGCAUUAGAUCUGUCAUGGACAAAACAAAGAGAAAUCGCCGACAUUGGUGAUUGGUAACGAAAGAAUUUAGACUUAUAUUUAGGGCUAUGUUAUUUCGUUUAUGGAAAUAGCUUUCUCUAUUUGCGCAGAUCUUUUACAAAGUAAAUGUUUUUCUGUGCUUGAGUAUUAGAAAAUAUCUUGGCCUACAUUUGAGUGAAAUAUCCAUUGUACUUCGCCUGUAUCCUUGCUACAAGAGUGCAUUUUUUUCGAAUUGCAUGCUCAUCUUUCGACGUUUCAUGUUCACGAGAAACCAGAAAGCGGUUUAGAUAUGCCACUUUUUUGUUUCUAGUGUCAUUAGCAUUAACUUUUCGUUAUUUCUAAAAGUAGACUUAGGAGCUAAACGUAAGAGAGACAGGGAUAAGAAUCUCUAUAGCCUCUUAUCAGGAUUAUUUUGAGCGCUAAUUAAUAGCGCGGUAUUAGGAAACGAGACUAAGCCGCAAGCAUUUGUAUAAAAUGGAACAUCGAACUGCUAGGACCAAAUUGACAAUAAGUGG